AUGUCUACUGCCACUGUCGCAAGCCUGAGGCAGAGCCUUUGCUCUGAAGAUACUCCUCUGCCCGUCCGAUUCCGCGCUCUCUUCUCUCUCAAGCAUGUCGCCAAAACCGACCCCGAGUCUACCCUUCCGGCCAUCGAAGCCAUCGCCGCUGCCUUCGCAUCCCCGUCGGCUUUACUGAAACACGAGCUCGCAUACUGCCUUGGCCAGACCGGCAACGACGCGGCAAUUGCCCCUCUGCGCGAUGUCCUGUCAGACCUGAAGGAGGAUCCCAUGUGCAGACACGAGGCCGCCGAGGCUCUGGGAGCUCUGGGCGAUGUUACAAGCCUGGACAUACUUCGGGAAUUCAGAGAUCGUGCCGACGAGGAAAUCGUCGUCAAAGAGACGUGCGAAAUUGCAAUUGACCGCAUUGAAUGGGAAAACUCCGAGGCGAGGAAGCAGGAAAAGCUGCGUCAAAGUGAUUUUGCUUCCAUCGACCCUGCGCCGCCCAUGCCCGAGUCCGAAAAGUCGGUUGAAGAGCUUGGCAGAGUGCUCAUGGACCUCAAGCAGCCCCUCUUCAUGCGAUACCGCGCCAUGUUUGCCCUCCGCGACCUCGCUUCCCCCCCAGACUGCCCAACUGCCGUUCCCGCCGUCCAAGCCCUCGCCAAGGGAUUCGCCGACUCCUCCGCACUGUUCCGCCACGAGAUUGCCUUUGUCUUUGGCCAGCUUUCACAUCCCGCAUCUAUCCCUGCCCUGACAGAGGCUCUAAGCAACCUGGAAGAGGCCAGCAUGGUGCGCCACGAAGCUGCUGAGGCUCUGGGUAGCCUUGGAGAUGAGGAGGGUGUCGAAGAAAUCCUGAAGCGAUUUCUUCAAGACAAGGAGCAGGUUGUUCGGGAGAGUGUCAUUGUCGCAUUAGAUAUGGCCGAGUUUGAGAGAAGUGGUGAGACGGAAUAUGCUUUGAUUCCUGAGGUGGCCGGCGCCUCAGCAUAG